ACCUACGGUUUUCAUGUUUAAAACACUCGACCAUUUAUGUAGAAACCACAGCGUUCACCUCUGAUAUUCCACUAUCAGCCUGACCAACCUCUGCUCUUAAAUACUCCCCCUCUCCAACUCCAAUUCCCCGCAUCCCAACAUCUACUAACCUUCCUCUCUCUCUCUCUCUCUUCCUCUCUGUGACGAUCGAGCAGCUGUAGAGGUGGCCAUGAGGAUGAGCUGCAAUGGCUGCAGGGUUCUUCGCAAAGGCUGCAGCGAUGACUGCACCAUUAGGCCCUGCCUUCAAUGGAUCAAGUCCCCUGAUUCCCAAGCCAAUGCCACCCUCUUCCUCGCCAAAUCUUAUGGCCGUGCCGGACUCCUCAACCUCAUCAAUGUCGGCCCCCAACACCUCCGCCCUGCUAUAUUCAAGUCGCUGUUAUAUGAAGCUUGCGGCCGGAUUGUGAAUCCAAUCUAUGGCGCAGUGGGGUUACUCUGGUCCGGCAACUGGGCCAAGUGCCAAGGCGCCGUUGAAGCGGUGCUCGCAGGGUCGUCACCGAUCAUGGGUGGCGGUGAUGAUCAGGCUCUGUUCCACCCAAACGCUCAUCUCAAAGCGUGCGACAUACGCGGCGUGCCCAAGAAGGAGGACUCCAUCUCCGCCGCUUCUCGUGACGUCCUUCACAAGGUUAAAGCCCGGGCAGGGUUCAAGCGCUCCGUUAUCAAGCCCAGACCCCAAGUAAUUGACUCGUGGCUUAGCCAAGACAACGAAAGCAUGUUUUCGGUCGAGACCGUGGAGGCCUCCCCGCCUAACAGCGCCAAACGGGCGCCGGUUUGGGAAUUUCAGAGCCAAAUUGAGGAUAGUGAGGUUGAUUUGGAGCUGACUCUUGGGUUGGCUCCAGUUCACUCCCACUAGCUUGCACGGCUUAACGGCCGUAACAUGUGUGAUGUUAAUCGGCGGCUCAGAAGUCGGAAACUGAAAGUUAGCUUUAGGGAAACCAUUUUCUCAAUUUCUGUCAGAGUCUUUGUAUGCAUUUGUUUGAGUUUUGGGUGCUAAAUGUAAUUUGAAGUGAUCAGUUAUUUGUGCGCAUUCAUAGAAUACAACAAGAGAUAAUACAUACACACAAACGGUUUCUACAGAAAAGAGGGAAAUUAAA